AGACCGGUUCUCGUAAACACUGGCAUUUUUGAUCAGCUGCGAGUCGAUAUGGGUAAAGAGUGGAUUCUAAUACUCUUUAUUCAAGAACUUCUUAAAAGGCAAAGACAGAACCAAGACAGAGCUGCACACAUGAAAACUACUUCAAAAAGGAACUUAACCAUUGAAAGGGUGUGGCCAGAAGUAAAUACAAGAGUGAACUACCCAAUAAAAAGGAUUCUUGUAGAUUUGGAGGAAAGAGGUGUUAUUGACAUGACUAAUGAACAUGUGAUGUUUUGUGUGUCGUGGUUUACCUGCGAGGUUGCCAAAGUAGGAAUGGAGAGAUUCGUAGCGUCAUGGAACUCGCAUAAGAUUAAGGGUAAAGCUGGAAAUGGGAUUCCUUCUCACAGAAGACAGCAGACCAAUUUUUUGAGUCYACUUCKAGAGUGUCAUGUUCCUAACGAAGAAACUGCCGUGGCAUUSWUUGAAGCUCAAGGUGGAAAGCUUCAGCSACAGUGGAGAGUUGGCGUUGAUCAAUUGUCCAGUAACAAACCUCAACAACAGAUGAGAGAACGUCUUUUCAACCGAAAGUAUUCAUUUGAGAAUAUCUUCACAGAASUUGUUAGGGGAAAUCCCAGGCCAUUCAAAAGAGGACUAAAAUAUUUCAUGAAACUUACAUCGGCCUUAGCUUCGUAGACCACUGAGAAUAAUCAUAUUUCUCAGUAUAUUUUUUCUGCCCUUAAUACCAUGACCAUCUUUAAAAACAUUGCAAGGUCAAAUCCGGUUUGAAUAGCGCUUUCUAGUCAAACUACGAAGACUCAGAUGCCCGUGCUGUGAAGUUAAAAUGCCCUCWAUAUACAGAAAAUGGAUGGACAUUUGAUGCGCCUGCAAUGGUUUGGAUGAAAUUGAUGCCUCCCCCCUAAAAAAMCCCAUAAAUUAUGAACGGUCCCUAAUUCAUAGAUUAAUAMAUAUUUUGACAACAUAUUUUGUAAAAAUCUUAAUCAUGAAGGCUUUUAUUCAAGCUGUGAGACUACAUAUAACAUCUUACACUGCACUAUAACUGAUGACCAUUAUCGGCCUAUCAAGCAAUGCCAGAUACCAGAAAAUAAMCAACCUCGUUCAGUCUGAUCUCGGUGUACAACUCAGACCUGUAUUUGUCUCCUUUUCACAUAAACAAAUGUUUAUGUAAGUGUUCAAUAGUCUUGGUUUUUAUACGUUCUUAUAGCAUCACAUAACAUUUCCAUAUAUAGAGAGAUAUUUUACAGUAAAACUUUGCAAGUGAAUAUAUUAGAAAAACAACUACUUAUUAACUGUCAAACUAAACUCAAUUAGUAGACAAGACGAACGUCCCAUCAAUGCGUUUCUGUGUUUUCCGACAAAACCUACUGCGCCGCGACAGAAAAAUCAUUAGAARACACGGGGUUUAAGAACGGCUAGAAAUAAUAGCUAAGCAAAGGAUUCGCAAUACAACUUCUAUCUCCUUUUAAACACAAAAAAGCAAAAGUUUGAAUGUUUCAAUCGCUGUCUUGUUGCCCUGUUUCUUCCGGAAUUAUAGCUACUUUGUUCGAUA